CUCACCAUGGCCAACGUCGUACAGAUCCCUGUCGUCCCCCCACCGCUACCGUCAUCAUGGACUGCAAACGCUCCCUCAAAUAAACCCAUCGCUCCGCUGGUGGAGAGAAAACUCAUCCCUGCUGGACCCGCCUACCUCGCUCAUGUCCGGCGAUCUGUGCAUAAUUUGACGUUUGAGCAGCAGGAUAAGGAGAUCGAGGAGGAGAACAAACGGCUAGCGGAGCAGAAUGGGGAUGGUUUCGGGGAGGAUGAUCUUGGGGUGGGUGAUGAGGAAGAGGACUUCGCACUGAUGUCGCUCGAUCCGAAAGAGUGGAAGAAACAAGACCACUACAAAGUCCUCGGUAUUUCCAAGCUCAGAUAUCGCGCGAAUGACGACCAGAUCAAAAUUGCCCACCGCAAGAAAGUGCUCAAGCACCACCCCGACAAAAAAGCCGGCACCGCCGGCUCGACCACGACGAACGACGACGCCUUCUUCAAAUGCAUCCAAAAAGCCAUGGACAUCCUCACCAACCCUGAAAAGCGGCGCCAGUUCGACUCCGUCGACCCUGAGUUCGAGUCGCUCAAGGACGACGUGCCGUCCGCGUCGGAUAUCAAGAACGCGAAGGACCCGAAGAAGGCGUUCUUCAAGGAGUUUGGGCCCGUGUUCGAGAGGGAGGCGAGGUUUAGCAAGAAGCAGCCGGUGCCGCUUUUGGGGACGUACGAUGAUACGAAGGAGGCGGUCGAGGGAUUCUAUGAUUUCUGGUACAACUUUGAUAGCUGGAGGAGUUUCGAGUAUCUGGAUAAGGAGGUGAAUGAGGGAAGCGAUAACCGUGACGACAAGCGUUACACGGAGAAGAAGAACAAGACUGAGCGUGCACGCCGCAAGAAGGAAGAUACCGCUCGUCUGCGGGGCAUCGUCGACAGCGCGUUGGCACUCGAUCCCCGUAUCAAGAGGAUCAAGGAUGAGGAGAAGGCGGCUCGUGAGGCGAAGAAGAAGAGCAAGAGUGGAACCGCUACCCCCACGAACGCCAAGGCCCAGGCUGAGGAGGAGAAGCGCAAGGCGGAAGAGGAGGCGAAGCAGAAGGAAGAGGAGGACAAGGUUGCGAAGGCUGAGGCUAAGAAGGCAAAGGCUGCUGCAGCAAAAGCUGCGAAGUUGGCCCGUCGGGCGGCGAGGCAGGAUGAUGACGGUGCUGCUUCAUAACGAGGCGUUGUGUACAUGGGCGGUGGUCGAUUGUCGUGUAGAGGGCCAAGCAUGCGUGCCGCACUGUCAUAUUCUGUCUUGCAUCAUUCUUGUUGUGCAAAUGGAACUUUUCUUGUUGUUUUCUUACCGGCGAUUUUGACAUUUGGUUCCAGAGUGUACUUACCAGGAACAUUCACUCGGACCCUCUCGGGAAACACAUCUCAUGGAGAGAUAUGUCUAUGC